CACAACCACAAUCUGGACUGUCAUCCACGUCUAAGCAGCUUGUUGAUGAUGGAGGAAAGGUAGAAGCGACGAAGACUGUCCAGAUUUUGCCUCUGCAGCACGUAUCGUUAAAGGCGUUACAGCAGUGGGUACAGGAAUUAUCAGCGUCGUCACCAGCUCCUACAAGAACUACGUCUGCGAUUAUAGACGAUGAUGAUGUGGACCUCCACGAGAGCAGUCUUGUUAAAGAACAAGAGCAUCACCAUCAUCAUCAUCCUCAUCAUCAUCAUGCCAGGAACAGGAUGACAUGUAAUCAUGAUCUGGGACGACAACAAUAUCCACCUUGUACUGGGCGCGACCAAGAAGGAAGAGAAGUAGAAGAAGCAGAAAGUGAAAACCUCAACUAUAAAGAGUCCCCUUCCGGGGAGCAAGAUUUGCUGGUGACUAUGUCAAUUUUUCCUAGUGGAGGGAGCCCGGACGAACAGUUUCCAGCACUGAUUCCUUGGAGUGAAGCGGAGACUUGUUCCACAGGGCAGGACGCCAUAACGGCUGAGGAAACGACAGAGGAAAAGCAGAUCACAGCGCCGAUUGAGAAAGGGACGGCGCCAACCGCAAGUACAAGCACAGCAGGUUCUUGUGUUUUCAACACAGAUGCUUUGGAUUCUAUGGCAGUUCGAGGCCUAGGCAGCACAGCUAGUGAAGUGCCUCCUCCCACCUCAAGCGUGGUGCAUCGCCCAUCAUAUGACUCACGUCUGCG